AUGAGUAACAGCCAGGUACAAACCUAUACUCAAAGCGUAAUACUCAAGGUUCUUUACACAUUCGACAACACAACGCAGUUCCUCGUGAGAUCUAAACGGCCUCUUUCAUCGAAGAUCAUUCAACUUCCGCAACAGCCUCCGCACAAUGGCGCCGUUAUAGGGUGUAUUGACAUACGCAAAUGUUUAGAACUCAUUCACAACAUGUCUCCGGAAUGCUUUCGAGAAGGUUUGGACUACUCGAUCUAUUCCAAAGACGUCGUCGAGGUGGACGAACCAUUUGUGGGUUUCGGGCUUUAUUCCAAGCUCAUGGAGAGACGGACGCCCGUGAUCAUCACCGGACGCGUGUGCAAAAAUUUUGUCAACAUUAUCAAUGGCUCUGGUGUGGGCGCCGAUACCUUGGAGGUGAAAUUACGAUUCAACGUGGUGAACAAGCAUGCAACAUCUUUCUCAUAUUCCAAACUCGAAACGUCGAACGCCAAUCCCUCCGAAAGCAGCAGUCCCAUGUUCUUGCCUAGCGAGUCGUCAGAUUCUAAUAGCGAGACUCGAAAAAGGCCCUUUAAUUCUCUCGCCAGCAUUCCGCAAUUAGCCACCAGAACUCAGUCGCUCCCCUUUAUUAGCCAAAAUAGUCUUGCGCACCGCAUCAUGAUGUCCGAUCAGAACAAUACCUCCCUAGAGUCACGCGAAGAUGCUAUUGCAUCAAGGUUCUCUAAUUUUGAGAAACUCAUGAAAGCUACGGAUCCUCCGACCAAAGCCAAGAAAAACAAAAGUUUCAUCAGUAGCGUGGUCAAGAUAGGCGACGUGAGUACGGGCAACCACUCCAAAUUCUCGAAACCCCUCGCAGUCCAACGCUGCGUCAAUUGCACGUCCACGUCUAACCCCCCGUACCGGUUUCACAAAGACGGUAUAUUUGAGUUCGGUAACUCUGGCUUGCUUUGCAACAUCUGUUCAACUUUGCACGCAAAAAAUGACACAAAGAAGCUUCGCGAGCGUGGCGACUUGGGAGUAAAAGGUCUCGUGGACAGCCCUUAUGCAAAGAUGUCGCCAGCAGCAGAUAAUCUUGCCACUGCAGCACGCAAACGACAGAAGGUGAACAAAGCCAGAGCCAGCGACGAAACUAUAUCAUCCUCACUGGCCACGAGCACGAGAAAAUACGACAAGUUGGAGUCCGACAGGUCAUCGCCGGCCCAGAAUCCGCUCACUGACCUCGACCCGCUCUACGAUUCCAAAAAAGAGUCGCCGGAAUCCAGCGACAACGAUUCGCCGAUUAAUGCCACCAAACUAAACACCACUCUGAUUCCUCUCGACGACGAUGAUAAGGAAAAUAACCCGCCUGCGGACGAGACACAGGGAGACGAACCGCAAUCUCUCAUGGUCCACGACAUCUCUCCCAGUCUGCACCGCCUCAUAGAAUCGUUUUCCAAUGUGGAGCAACCGGGAUCUCCGACCAAAACGUCGCCCAGCAACGAAUGGAUCAGCAACCUGUUUACCCAUGACGAAGAAGAAGAGCCGGUUGAUGGUCAGUUUGAUGACGAUCCUGAGGUCUACAACAUUUUGAAGGGAGGAUCCAAAACGAGCUCUCCUCUGAACUUUAAAUUUGACAAGACUCCCAAGGAUAAAUUCGAAUCGACUCCAAAGGAUGCGGACACUGUCCAGACACAAUGCAUUGACGGCGGAGAUCACUUGACUGGUCUGCUGACACAGAUUCUGGCCAAUGAGUCGCACGAAGCUGAUAAAUCAAAAGAUAGGAUUGCACAGCCCGACGAUCGUAGACACGGUCUCAUGAUGCCUAGCUCACCAUUCUUUUCAAUGCAUCAGGAUGACGGCAAAUCAGGUGACGGAGACAGCUCACGCACAGAAAAAAUAAGCUCCGUCUGGAAUAGCGGGUCGUCGCCUACCACCUCUGUCACGUCUAACGAGAAGUAG